UAAGGAUAGAUGGCCCGAGGAUAUCGAUAGCAUGAUAGGCGGGGUAAAGGAACUUGCCCGACAUCCUAUCGCCUACGUGUCUGCAGGCCACGCAGGAUCCUGCCGCUGAACCCAUCCACCAGCCACCUCCAGCUUAUCAGAGGCUUGCUCUCGAUGCCGAACCCGCACGUCACUUGCCAGCUAAGGCAGUCGUCUGACCUUCAUACCGGGAUGCUUUUUCUCACGAGCAGUGUCAAGCAGAGCCGCAUCGCGGGCCGGAAGGAUAAAGGACUGGUGCGAGUGAGGGGGCCGCGAGGAGUUUGGAGCAGGGCAAGCGCGUCCAAAGCGCAACUACGCAUAUCACGCUUCUAGCCAGAGAUUUAUUGCAAAAAUACGUGACGCUGAUAAGCGAUGUCGCCACCCUUCAUUAUCCAGAUCAACGAGAUAGUCCGAAACACAAGAGUAGAUUGCCGUUAUGACAAUCAUGGAAGAUGGAAACCCUCAAUCAACGGAGCAGCCCACGUACUGGUGCCUGGUGGUGUCACGGGGAGAUUAUGGUAUUGCGAUCGCUCAAGGAUCUAUGAGAUAGCCGAACGCCCCACAGGCUCCAAGGAAUAUAGUACAUUCUCCGUUUACUAUGUUGGCGGCCAUGGCUUCUGGGUUCUAGACGGAGAUGCAACGGAUCCACCAGAUGACGACGACUGGCAUCCUCUGAAGUUUGACCACUCGCCCACAGACUACUCCUCAUUCCUCACAAACGCUGGGGCAAAUGAUACGCUACGUUGCCAGCGAGCAGAUCAAACCUGGCCACAAAUGUUGCUACCAGAUAUUUACCGAACUGCAGCGUCUACCACAAGUCCAGGCUAUGGCGGAUUAACGGGGGAGCUGCCGAUUUUUAUAGCCCUGAUGGCUCAUACGACCUCUCGACAAUACUUGCCAUCUGUUAUUCCACAUAUGUUUAACAACCAGGCCUGGCUCGAACACGCCCAUCAGUAUCAGCGCACGGAGCAACGUGGUGUCGUUGUCACUGUGUAUACAUGCCCUGUAUCAUGGGCUGGCGGAUCAACAUUCGAUGAUCUCGCGGGCUAUGAACGUGGGGACCUGGGGAAGUAUUUUAACUAAGCAUACGUCUCGCCAGUUGCACCACCCUCAGCCCGGCCAUGCUUCCGCCGUUCUUUAAGCGCUAAAUACGUUCCACCCCCAAUUUUUGCACUUUUUUGUCUUUCAUUACGUCAUACACACAUACUCUUUUACCGAGAAGUCAUGAUAGAGUACUGCUCUAUGAGGCAACGUCACUCUUUAUCUUUCAUUUACUUGCGGUGCAUCCGCGUCGAGUUUCAAGGCAUUUCUCUGACCCAUAUUACCGCGGAUUGGAGGCAUCUACUUUGUUCACCUACGUUAUUACCA